UCUCCUUAGAGAACACAUAAAUAAACAACGUGACCCCAACAAUGAAUAUAAUUUACAAGACGAAGAUAUAGAUAACAUAAUGAACCUUUGCAGCCUAACCACUGAACAAAACUUUUUUGAGUUCGAUAACACCAUCUUUUGCAUGGAAGAUGGCCUUUCAAUGGGUUCACCAGCCAGCGGCUUAUGUGCUGAUAUUUACGUUAACCAUGUUGAAGAAAAAAUAAUGAGCCUACCCUAUAGCAAUAAAAUCAUUGUUUGGAAAAGAUAUGUAGACGACAUUUUUUGCGUUUGGGCAGGAACUGACGAGGAACUUAAAAAUUUCUUCGAUACCAUAAAUUCAAAAUUCAAAAUAAAGUUUACCCUUGAAAAAGCGAUUAAUAACUCCAUCAACUUCCUAGAUCUCAAUAUUACACUGAAUGAAGACUGCUCAUUUUCCUACGAUAUUUACAGAAAAACCACACAGACAGACACAAUAAUACCCUUUCACUCGUACCAUGCUCCCCCAAUAAAAAGAACAGUUUUCAGGUUUUUAUUUAACAGACUCCUCAAUAUCCCACUUUCAGAAGAUAAUUAUAGGAAAGAGCUCAAGAUCAUUUAUCAAAUCGGUGAGAAUAACGAAUAUCCUAGAGAAUUCAUAGAUGAUGUUCUUACUUCAAUAAAAAGAAAAAAUGUUAUUAACAAAGUAUACCCCCACUAUUCAGUUCAAAGACACUUCGUUUCCAUUCCUUUCUACCAUAAAUUCAACAAAAAGUUCAUUCAAAUGAUGAAUAAAUACAAUUACAGCGUAGUGAACAAACGACACAAAACCUUAGAAAACUUUCUGAUCAACAACAAACCAAAAAUUGAAAAAGACCAACUUAGCGGCAUAUACAAAAUAACAUGCUCAGAUUGCCCCUGUUUCUAUAUUGGCAUGACGACACGAACCAUGAGAAAAAGAUUCACCGAACAUCAAAAGAACCGACCAAACUCCGCGUUGGGAAACCAUUUGACAGAACAACACCAUGGGACAACACUGGACAAUUUGGAGAUAUUGCACAAGGGAAAUAAUUUUGGAAAACUUACAUUGCUUGAACAACAUGAAAUUAUCAGAAAUAGAAAUAACCAACAUCUAUUAAACGACCUCUCGGAUUUCGAGGGGAACGUAAACAUUUUCAAAAUUAUAGAUUCAGCAUAGAUCAGUUCAAACUUCCCGCCUUCCACAUCACACUGACACAUCGACUACCUUCCCCCGCCCCCAUAUCCCCUUUCCUUCUCCGAAAUUCCUUCUAGAGUUUUCACGACGCAAUAAAUAAACGACGAAAAAAUAUUUCAUAGAAAUUUCAUUUCGAUUUGAUUGUGGACUUUUUCAUUUCUAGACUUUAUCAAGAAAAACAUAUUUCAGAACAAUAUAUGCACUGUUUAAGAAAAACAAUAAUUUACUACAGAGACGCUGGCCUGAUGAUGGCGUAACGCCGAAAUCGAUAGCCAAUAGAAUAACUAUAUUAUAGUGUGUUUUAUUACAAUACCCUUA